AUGGCCUCAAUCGCGCGCUGCAUAAGGGCCGCCCGGCCGGCGACGACCCUGUCCGCCUUUGCUCGAGCUCCGGCUGCCCGCCGUGCCGGCUUCAAUGCCGUUCGGGCCUUUUCAGUCACCGCCUGCAGCCCGAUAAGAAAGUACACCAAGGACCACGAAUGGGUCGACCUCAACGCCGACAAGACGUCCGGCGUCAUCGGCAUCUCCGAGUACGCCGCCGAGGCCCUCGGUGACGUCGUCUACGUCGAGCUGCCCGAGGAGGGCAAGGUCGUCAAGCAAGGCGACGCCAUCGGCGCCGUCGAGUCGGUCAAGUCGGCCGCCGACAUCAACGCCCCCAUCGCCGGCAAGAUCACCCACGUCAACACGGGCCUCGAGGAGAAGCCCGGCACCAUCAACCAGGUCCCCGAGGACGACUCCGCCGGCGGCGGCUGGAUCGCCAAGAUCGAGGUCGACGAGGCCAGCAUCAAGGACUUUGAGGGCCUGAUGGAUGCCGAGGAGUACAAGACCUUCACCGCGACCGAGGCCGACCACUAG